UAGAAAUAAGUCACUUAUUCCUGGAAAAAAUACGUAAAUGUGAAUUUUUUCCCGAAAUGAAUUCUUGUUUUUAUGAAACAAAGGGGCAGAAACAAGUAAUCUUACUUGUGGCUACAAAACCAGGUAACAGGCUAACAUUUAGUAUGAAGUAAUAAACUGAUAAUGUACCAGAAAAGCUGAAGUACUAACUGAAAAUGGCAGUUUCAGUAAUUUCACCAAACAUUCCCUCCACUUCACACUCUCCACCACUACACAAGCCUCACAAGCAUCAUUCUCAUCUCCUCAAUCUCCUAACUAACUUGAAUUCCUUGUCUGAACUCAAACAAAUCCAAGCCCAUACUCUCCGGACAACCUAUCCGAAUUUCCCGGACACCCUUUUUCUCAAUUCAAGAAUCUUCCAUUCCUCUUCUUUGCUUGAUCUUGACUACACUUUUCGCCUCUUUUCGCAGUUUCGAACCCCCAAUUCUUUCAUUUGGAACACCCUGAUGAGGGCUUGUGCUAAUAGUGAGGGCAAGAAAGAUGAGGUGUUUGGUUUGUAUAGAAGGAUGUUGUGUGAUGAGGGUUUUGUGAUGCCUGAUAAGUAUACUUUUCCAAUUGUGCUUAAGGCCUGUGCUUACCUGUUUUCGAUAUUCGAAGGCAGGCAGGUGCAUUGUCAUGUGUGGAAACUUGGGUUUGGAUUGGACAGCUAUGUGAAUAAUAGUUUGAUUCAUUUCUAUGGGUCUUGUGGGUGUUUGGAUGAGGCCUUGAGGGUGUUUGAGGAAAUGGGGGAGAGGGGUGUGGUUUCAUGGAAUGUGAUGAUUGAUGGGCUUGUUAGAAUGGGGGAGUUUGAUGAGGCGGUGAGGUUGUUUCGCGAAAUGCAGAUGGUGUUUGAGCCGGAUAAGUACACGAUGCAGAGUAUGAUUAGUGGUUGUGCUGGUUUGAGGUCGUUGGCUUUGGGGAUGUGGUGUCAUUGUUAUGUUUUGAGGGAGUUUGAUAGUGAGGCGGGUGAGGCGGUUUUGCUGUGUAAUUCGUUGGUGGAUAUUUAUUGUAAGUGUGGCGCGGUGGAGAUUGGUAGGCAGGUUUUUGAGAGGAUGAAGAAACGUGAUGUUCAUUCGUGGAAUUCGAUGAUUCUUGGAUUUGGUAUGCAUGGAAAGGCUGAGGAAGCUCUGGAAUGUUUUGAUCGUUUGGUUCGUGAAGAAGGGUUAGUGCCUAAUUCUAUCACAUUUACGGGUGUAUUGGCUGCUUGUAACCAUAGGGGUUUGGUUGUUGAGGGUCGCAGAUGUUUUGACAUUAUGGUUAAGGAGUACAAUAUUAAGCCGGUACUAGAGCACUAUGGUAGCCUGGUUGAUCUUCUGGGUCGGGCAGGACACAUAGAUGAAGCGCUUGAUAUUAUUGCAAACAUGCCCAUGAAACCUGAUGCUGUGAUCUGGAGAAGUAUCCUUGAUGCUUGUUCCAAGAAAAACGGAAGUCUGGAGCUAAGCGAAGAAGUGGCGAGGCAGAUCUUUGAAUCUGAAGGUGCUGAUUGCAGUGGCUCGUAUGUGCUUCUUUCCAGAGUCUAUGCAGUAGCUAAUCGAUGGAAUGAGGUUGGUUUGGUAAGAAACUGGAUGACUGACAAGGGAGUGAAGAAAGAGCCUGGUUGCAGCUCUAUAGAGAUGUAUGGUAUUUCUCACGAGUUCUUCUCUGGAGACACAUCUCAUUCCAGAACUAAAGAAAUAUACGAACUGCUUGAUGUCAUAGAUAAACGACUAGAGGCGAUAGGGUAUGUCCCUGAUGUUUCACAAGCACCAAUGAUAGAUGAACAGGAACUUGUAGAUGGCAAAAGACAUUCACUUAGGCUGCAUAGUGAAAGGCUUGCCAUUGCUUUCGGGCUCUUAAACUUGCCACCAGGAGUGCCAAUACGAGUGUUUAAGAACCUCAGAGUGUGCAACGAUUGUCACAACGUGACCAAACUAAUUUCCAAAAUUUACAACGUGGAGAUAAUUGUCAGAGACCGUGCUCGAUUUCAUCAUUUCAGAGAUGGGUCAUGCUCAUGUAUGGACUAUUGGUGACAAACUGUUGUUCUGUUGUAGUAACGUAUCAAAGAUAGUCACUUGUAGCUGAAUCGGAGGUAAGCCUGAACUCAUUCUAUUUGUUACUCUAUUCUGCUUAAUUAUAAGUUUGAACACUUUAUAU